CCCACCUCUGACCGUGGAGGCUUUGUGCUUCAUGCCCCCCCCCCCCCCCUCCCCCACCCCAAUUCAUUUCUUUUUCUGUAUGAUACAUUUGCUAUUUUAAGUUAUUCAUUUGUUGUUUCUGUUGAUAUCUAUUUUGCAGGGAUUUCGAGGUGUCACUGGUUAGGGUUUUCUCUGCUUCCUGUGAGGUGUGCUAGGGGAGGCUUUAGUUUUCGCAAGGGUUUAUGUCCCAAGGUCUUGAAGAUAUCAACAGUGACAAGAGCCCAGCUUCGAGUUCCUUUUGUUCCAUCGGACAUCGUGGUGUUCUGUGUAGUCCCCACUAACACUCCUGGUGGUGAUGCUAGUGGAUCUGGUGGUGAUGCUGGUGCUGCUGCGGCUUCCUGCUCUGUUUGAAGUGUCACAGUGUCCUUUUCCAAUCUUUGAAGAUAAGUUGGAAUUCAAGGUAGAAAAUAUUUUGUGGAACGCCACUUCCUAUAGGAAGGGUGAUAGGCUUCCCAAAAUUCAUUCAUCUAUAGAAAAACGUAAUGGCCUUGGGUUCGAGUCCUCCACCGUUCCGACUUUGAUGAAGUACCUGAAGUUGUUUAUGUUGUCCUUGAUGAGGAAUGCUUCAGGAGGAUGGAGAUGUUCCAAGAGUACCCACAAAUUUGCAUCAAGACACCCCCGUCCCUCCCGUCCCCCGCGUCGCCUCUGGGCGGCUCAGGCGGAGCCCAGCACCGUCGGCGCCUCCUCCCACCCCGCCCUCUCACCUCGCCGCCGCCGAAUGACGCGGCCGGGCUAAGCCCGCGCAGCGGACGGCGGCAGCGAGGCUCUCCUGGCCCGCAGCGGCGCGGGCAGCUCUGGAUCUCGGGUGGCGGCCCGGUCUUCGCGGCGGUUGUCAGCUGUGGAGGCCGCAUGGGUGGCACGGCGGCGGGGCCUGGUGGUGCUCCUGCCUCUCCCUUGGCGGCGCUCGGCUUCGGGGGCGUGGUGCUCCAGAUCUCGGCGCUUCCAGUUGGGUCUCUGUUUCUACUCGGCUGGGCGGCGCGGGAGCCUCGGUGAUGCUUCGAUGGCCGGCGGGGAGGCUGGCGGACGCUGGAUCUGGCCGGGCGUGGCUGGAUCCGGACGUUCUUCGGGGGUUUUCUGCUGCAGCUUGUUCGUUGUCUCCGCGUGGUGCGGUUCCUGCGGCGUGGUGGCGGUGACCUCCUGCCCCCAGGCCUGGUGAGGGCGACGGUGUGAGGUCGGCCCGAUGGCGGUGAUGGUGGUGUGCGUCCAGGGCCCGGCUGCCCGCUGCUGCUGGUCGGGCGGGCGCGCAGGACGGCCUUGGCAGGGGCGGGCACUGACGGGAGGCUCCCCUCGGUGCUCUGCGGUGCUGGUUUGGUGGAGGUUUGAUGGAGGUCUGUGGCUGGCCGGUACGGGCUGGUGGUGGUCGAGCAUCUCAGGGAGAAAUCCUUCUUCCGGCCUUUGCCGGAGCUGGCGACGGCGGCGCCUGCGGGCGUCGCGCUUUUUCUUGGAAGCGUCGCUGAUGUAUGGUGCUCCACCCCUCACCCCGCGGCCUUGGCUCCGGAGGGAAACCUCUUGAUCCGAUCGGGCGAUGAAGGCGUUUUCACGUCUUCUUCCUCCUUGGGGGCAUCGUCUUGGAGCCGGCUACAACCUGAGACCGGUGGAUGGCGGCAUCUUCGCCGCAUGGAAGGGCGGCAUCUUCGCCGCGUAGGAUGGUGGCAUCUUCGCCGCUUGGGAAGGGUGGCAUCUUCGCCGCGUGGUUUGCUGAGGCAGCCGUUUCGGGGGCGUCGAUUUCUGUUUGGCAACAAUGAUGGCGUCAAGAGGAGCUUGGGUCGCAGCUCGGGCUUUGGUAGUCGGAUCUUCCCGGCGUGCCCGAUGUGCUCUUUAGGGCACAGUCGGCGCAAGUUCUGCAUAUUUCCCUUGUGAGGCUCGUCGUCAAAGUCGGAGUUGUCAGUUGUUGGCGCGUGUGGCCAUCUGUUGGCAUGUGUCAUCAUUGCUCUGUGUAGCUGUUUGUGGGGGCGGCUUCGUUGGUGGAGCUCUAUGGUGAAGUCGGAGUCGCCCGUUCGGAGGUAACCAGUGAUGACAAUGACGCUUGCGACUACUCGGCGGAUGUCUUUUCUUCUUUGCAGCUCAUGUUUCAUGUCGGUGGCUAGGUUGGCCGGUGGUGCCCAUGUUAUAUGGGUUGGGUUGUAUCGGUUUUAACCCGGUUUUCCGUCAAUUAACCGGGCAAUUCUCACUUCUUCUUAAUUAAUGAAAAUAGCAAGUCUUUUGUCUC